AUGGGAGUUCUCCGACAAAAUUCACGUUUGUUGACGACUAAUUAUAUCACUUUGGAUGAUUACUUGAUUGAUGAUGAAAGUGGAGAUGAAACUCAGACCGAAAAUGAUAUCAACGAAAUUACCGUGCAGAAAUUCACGCUUCAGCGAAGAAAGCAAAAAAUAAGUUUAUUUGGUUUAAAUUUCAGAUUGGAUGGACGCAAUAUAAGGAAGGCACAUUGGUUUAAUGAUAUAACAGGUGAAUUAAAUACAAUAAAAAAGGAGCGAAUGGGCGCACGAAAGCAACGAAGAUAUGAGAAUGCACAAUUUUUAUAUUCGAUGGCAGACGCAGGAGAUAUCUGCGAAGAUUAUUCCGAUAUCUUACAGUCAACAGUAACAGCUCUUUCAAAACUUUUCAUUGAAGAAGAAAAUAUGCAGGCUUGGAAUACUUUUAUUGAAAAGAAUGAAGAAGAACAACGAGAAUACUUGGAAAGUUUCGAGACAGAGGAAGUGUCUUCUCACCAGGGAGUUGAUAGUUUUGGACAACAAACUUCUGGUGGCCAUCCGCUACAUUCAGCAGAAGCUUCGUUUUCGCGUUUAAAUCGACGAUUCAGGAUGAUAUUAAGACAUAAAACACUACCACUGGAAUUUAUGGCUGCAAAUGAAGAGGAAAUGAGAAGUUUUUUCCAUAAAAAUAUGUUACCAAUGUCGGAAUGGUCUUCAUCUGUCUUACCACAAUUGCAACGUCUUAUAAUACAUGCUUUAUCGCAGUAUCUUUCUCUAAUCUCGAAAAGCGUAGUUAUUGGCAGUGGUAAUGAGAAGCUUGUCAAAGUCCGCAAUAAAUACUGUUCAUUUCGGCCACCUUCGGAAACUCUGGUUGACUAUUUGAAACGAAUGCAUGGAGCUGAUAAAGUUGGGAGAAAGCGCUGUUGA